AUGCAGACUGCUUCUACAAACAUUUGUGAAAGACUGUGCAAUAAGUCCAUCCAUGAAAUUUCCUUUCUACUAAAUAUUCCACGGUCAACUGUUAGUGGUAUUAUAACAAAGUGGAAGCAACUGGGAACAGCAGCAACUCAGCCACGAAGUGGUAGGCCACGUAAAAUGACAGCGGGGUCAGCGCAUGCUGACACAGUGCGUAGAAGUUGACAAUUGUCUGCAGAAUCAAUAGUUGAAGACCUCCAAACCUUGUGUGUGGCCUUCAGAUUAGCACAACAACAGUGCACAGAGAGCUUCAUGGAAUGGGUUUCCAUGGCCGAGCAGCUGCAUCCAAGCCAUAUAUCAUCAAGUGCAAUGCAAAGCGUCGGAUGCAGUGGUGUAAAGAAAGCCGCCGACACUGAACUCUAG